CGCUGGCAGCUACCCUGGCCUAGAUAACGCGGCCGAGAUCUGACUGCUGAACUGUUUAACAACAGCCAUGUUCCAGCCCAGCUGAGGUCUGGCCCCUCACCCCAUGGGGAGUCCCACUCUCAGAGUCCUGCUGCUCCUCACCGCCUUCCUGCUGGAUCUCCCGCCUGCUGCGCUCCAGACCCACCAGCCGUGUCCCUGCGGAGAAGUCCUCACCAACUUCGAUUGCAGUAUUAAUGGAAACGGAGAUCGACUCAGCCCCUGUUCCCAAUGCCAGCACAAGCUGCGAGAAAGCCCGUCUCAGCUAUUGCCAGCCCUUCUCCUAAGCACUGUUCAGUGUUGCAAGCACGAAAAGCAAACCUGUCUGCAGGUCUAUGUGGCUCUGAACUCUACAGGUAUUGAAGGCUUCGAACUGGAUUUUCUCGUUCCAAGUUCUAACCGUUACAAGCUUCAGGUCUUGAAAACACAGGCACAUCAGAACAAUACUACAGCUAAGUGGCAGAUGCAGUUUGACGGCUUCCAGGUGGCCAGUGGCGAGCAGGUACAUGUCUCAGUGAAGACCAUUCCUCCCAGGAAGCUAAACCUCAGCCAGAGCUAUACAGUCACUAAUAACCAACCAGGUAAGACACCUUUACUGGGCACAUACACCAUGCUUGCAUCACCUCAUGCGCAUAUCAUCGAAAGUGUAGAUGUGAAUCCACAGCUCUGCUUCAAGUUUUCUUAUAUGAACACCAGCCACACUGAGUGCCCACACCAGACAGAUGCUACCUGGAAUGUAUCUCUCCAUGUGAAAUUUUUGCAACUUCACUUAAACUUCCGUUCUCGCACAGCGGCUUCUUUCAGUUCCAGCUUAUGCCAGCCGGUAUCUUCAAGCCAGUGUCAACCUGAACCCGCUGUCUAUACCAUCACGCAUACAGGGGGAUCUGCCUUGGGUGAAAUGAAUCUCAUUCUUCCUUGGACGGUCUUGAGAAGUUGUGUGCUGGUCUGGCGUUCUGAUGUACAGUUUGCUGGCAAGCGACUCCUGUGUCCAGAUGGUAAGUUACAAGAUUGUUCUGUAAAGAACAGGGUGAAUAAAGAGGAGAUUGUGUGAAAAAUGGCCGUUAAUGUCUUGGAAGGUAGAGAGAGCAGUCCUGGGUCUUCUCGCCAAUGGUCGGAGUUAUGUCUUUCUCAGAUAUCUGGAAGAGAUUCCAGAUCUUAAAGAAACAAGCUAGAGGACUUACGGAAGGGCCGACAUUGAUGGUUGAAACCAAUGACUCAGAAAAUCAUUAGGCCCUAAUGAUUAGGGCAUUCCUGGGAAAGCAGAACGACAUGAUUAAUGACUGCAUUCCCUAGAACUCCUUUCCUUCUUCUGAACAAGAAGAAAUAAGAUGACAAUUCCAAUUAAAGAUUAACAAGGGAAAGCACGGACAAAAAUUUUGCAAUGGGGAUAGCAGAUCUAUUUUCUCCAUUUUUUUCCAACCUUACAUUCAGUCUGUCCUGUUUCCUUAUGACUUUGUAAUAUUUUUUUUAAAAGUGUGUGCUAUAAUUCCAACCUUGUUUCAUAAAAUGAUGGUUGAUUAA